AUGUUACCAUUAAUAUUAGUUUCAUUAGGUUUAUGUAAUCAAUCCGAUACAUAUUUAUCAUUAAAUAAAAUAAAUCAUGAAAGAUCUUGGAAAAAAAGUGAAAUUAUUCCAUUUUUGAAAAGAAUUGCAUUUGAAAGACUUCAAUUUUCAUCAUUAUUUUCAAAUGAAACAUUUAUUAGAAUAUUAAUUAAUUCAAAACCUAAACCAAUUUCAGGAUGUUCUCAAGGACCUGGACAAACAUGUCCGUUAUCUCAAUUUAUUAAUUAUGUUCAUAAAAGAUAUAUUAAAUAUCAAAAUUUUUCUCAAAUUUGUCCUAAUAAUAAUCAAAGUAAUCAUUUUACCUUUUUAAAUUAA